CACUUGUCCGCAAGGACUACCUCCGACCUCACGACACACAACAACAUACUGGAGCCAGGCCGCCGCAAUGAUUCUCCGGAACCCACUGGCCGUGCUCGGCGCUUUGUGCUUGUCGACGGUGUCAAUCCACGCCAUCUCGCCAGCCGACAUCCCGUCGGACGUUCCAGUGUCGCAAUUGAUCGAGUCGGCCAACUCGUAUCUGGCACGUGGAAAGGCGCAGGAUGCACUCGUCUACUUCGACGCCGCCGUGCACAAGGACCCGAGCAACUACCUCACACUCUUCAAGCGUGGCGCAACGUACCUCUCGCUCGGCAAGAACCAACAGGCGAACAAGGAUUUCGAUCAAGUGCUUGUUCUAAAGCCCGGCUUCGAAGGCGCUCUACUCCAGCGAGCCAAGAUUCGAAGCAAGAACGCAGAUUGGGAAACUGCCAAGCAGGACUACAUCGCUGCUAAGAAGCAAGAGACACAAGAAUGGGCUGAUUUGCUUGAGGCUGAGGGGGGCGAGAAGAUGUCGGCAGAUGCGGAGAAGGAGGGCAAGUGGGAAGAGUGUGUGACACAAGCCAGUACCGCUAUCAUGGUGGCCAGCACCGCCCUCGAGCUGCGGCAGCGGAGAGCACGAUGUCGGUUUGAGCAAGGUCAGAUCAUGGAGGCCAUUGCCGAUCUCAACCACGUUCUGCAGAUCAACCCAGGUAAUCCUGAGCCAUACCUUCAGAUCUCGGCCAUGUCCUUCUACUCUCUCGGCGAGACUGAGAAGGGCACAGCGUCCGUGUCUAAGUGCUUGCAGAACGACCCGGACAACAAGGCGUGCUCGAAGCUGCGGAAGAGCGAGAAGGCGAUAGAGCGUACGCUCAAGAAGUUCAAUACAUUGAAGGAGAAGCGGCAAUUUGCCUCGGCGGUCAAGCUGCUCAUUGCGCAAGGCGAAGAUCCUGGUCUCAUCCAGGAAGUCAAGGACAACGUCAAGACGUGGCAAGAAGCAGGCUACAUCCAUUCCAAAGCACCCAACGGUCUCUAUGGCUCGCUCGUCGAAUCUGCGUGCGAAGCGUAUACGGAAAUGAACAACUUCAAGAAGGCCACACCUUUCUGUGACGAAGCUCUUACCUACAACGACCGCUCUCUCCCUGCUCUUCUCAACAAAGCUCAACGCCAGAUCGACGCGGACGAGUUUGAGCCCGCUCUCGGCACAUUGAAUCAGGCUCAAGAAGAGCACGGCCGUACUCACAAGAUCCAAGAACUCAUGCAGAAAGCUCAGCAGCUCCUCAAGCGUUCCAAACAAAAAGACUACUACAAAGUCCUCGGCGUCUCGCGAGAUGCCGACGAGCGUGAGAUUAAAAAGGCCUUCCGCAAACUCACUGUCCUGCAUCACCCUGACAAGGCAGCCAAGAAUGGUAUCACGCAAGAAGAAGCACAGAAGAAGAUGGCUGCUAUCAACGAAGCCUACGAAGUCCUGUCUGACCCAGAGCUCAAGGAGCGUUUCGAUCGAGGAGAAGAUCCAAACGAUCCUCACGCGAGCAAUGGAGGGAAUCCGUUCCAAGGCUCACCUUUCGGACCUGGCCAGCAGUUCUUCUUCCAGCAAGGCGGCGGUGGCGGACGUACUCAAUUCAAGUUUCAAGGAGGAGGUGGUGGUGGGAUGCCUAUCAAUUUCGGGGGAUUCCCAGGCGGGUUUCCAUUUGGUUGAAAGUGUUUUGAAUGUGUCUUCGGCCAUGUAUCACGGGAGUUCUGGGAAUUACCUACAUUCACCUAGCGUGGGCAUAAACGGCGGAAUUGGGAGUUUAUAUGGGAUCACAGGCGAUACCAAGGGGUGCAUAUGACUGGCUGGCGUUUAAUGCAUAGAGGUGUGCAUAACGAUGCUGCUGCCACUUGUUUUAAUAGCUCUAUCUGCUUUUCUGAUUGAGUUCUUUUCCUUCCGCUAGUGGGAGGGAAUGGAUUAGACUAGAAAUCACGAUUGUAUGAUUGCUUCAUAUCGGGGC